AUGGGAUACGCGCCUCGCCGCUCUGCGCCAGAGCAUCAGACGGCCACCGAGCACAGUGCCGGAUCCUAUCUCGAGGCCUUCCGCGGCUCGAACCUAAAGCGCACGUUGGCUGUCAUCUGGCUCUUUGUUGGAGCCGGUCUUGCCUACGCUCCGGGCCAGGGUCCUCUCUGGGCUAUUGCCAUUCUCAUGAAUAUACUCAUCUCCUGGCAGAUUGUCACCAUGACUUCGGUCGGAUGGGUCAUCACUGCCGAAGUGUCAUCCUAUCGCCUUCGUGGCAAGACGCAGUCAAUAGCCGUAAUCUCAUCCGCUUUCGCCACGGGGUUCUUUACAUUCACCGUGCCCUAA